AUGAUGACCAGGAACCAGACACAGAUUCUAUUGAUAUCUCGCUGGGAACCAUGCAGCCACAACAUAAGAUGCCGCACGUGGAGAUGGUGGCGCCGGCUCAUACUGCUGAGGAUAAACCACCAGUUCCACAGAGAGAGUUAAGUGAGGAAGAGAAAAACACAAUUUUAAUGUCAGAAGGUUUCCGAUCAUUUUUGGAUCACUCUUCACGUGUUAUAGAACGUGCUCUGGAUGAGGUUGAUUGUGACAUAGACUACAGUAGAUCAGCUGAGGAUGAUUUAAAUAAUCAAGAGCUUGCUGGGGAGAGAUUAAAGAUGAACAGAACAUUUUUUGAUGAGCGCUGGUCCAAACAUAGAAUAGUAACUAGUCUUGACUGGUCAACACAGUUUCCGGAGUUACUAGUCGCCUCGUAUAGUGCUAAUGAAGAUGCACCACAUGACCCUGAUGGUGUAGCUCUGAUCUGGAACUCAAGAUUUAAGAAAAAUACACCAGAAUAUGUUUUCCAUUGUCAGUCAGCAGUAAUGUCGAGCUGUUUUGCCAAGUUUCAUCCUAACCUGGUUGUAGGUGGGACAUACUCCGGUCAGAUUGUGUUGUGGGACAACAGAGUACUGAAGAGAACACCAAUACAAAGAACACCACUGUCAGCAUCCGCACAUACUCACCCUGUAUACUGUGUGAAUGUAGUUGGUACACAAAAUGCCCACAAUUUAAUCAGUGUAUCUACAGAUGGUAAAAUGUGUUCCUGGAGUCUGGAUAUGCUGUCACAACCACAGGAUUGUAUGGAGUUACAUCAACAUAAACAAAGUCGAGCUGUCAAUGUGACAUGUUUCUCCUUCUUGUCUGGGGAUGUUAAUAACCUUGUUGUAGGUAGUGAGGACUGUUCAGUAUAUGCUGCAUGUAGACAUGGCAGUAAAGCUGGUGUAAGUGAGAUAUUUGAAGGUCAUCAAGGACCUAUCACUGGUAUAGACUGUCAUAAGGUAGCAGGACAGUUUGAUUUCUCCCCGUAUUUCCUCACGUCUUCCUUUGAUUGGACCAUCAAACUCUGGAGUAUGAAGGAAACAAGUUUUUCCCCUUCGUUUUAGGACAAAAGUGAUUAUGUAAUGUACAAAGGUUUACCCAUACAUCCCGCAUUAUUUUUCUAGUGUGAUGGUAUGGGCCAAAAUAGAUUAUGGAACCUUAAAAGAUACUGGGUGCCUUCAGCAUCUGUCUCCAUGGAUACUGGUGUAUCGUUGAAUCAUUUACGAUGGCAUCAGAGUGGACAUACAAUAGCUGUAGCAGAUGAUAUGGGACAUAUUUAUAAUUAUGAUGUAGCUGAGAGUUUUGCCAACCCCAAGUCAGACGAAUGGUCAAGAUUUAUGUUAACAUUACAAGAGUUGAGACAACAUGCGGCAGAACGUGAAGAAGAUACUAAUCUUGGGGGGUUAUCCUCACCUCUACGAUGACAUCUUUAAUGUACCAUACAAUACUGACACUUGCUGGAAAUCUUGGCAUUGUUUUUCUUCAGCCUUUCUUAGUGCUUAUUAUUUAUGACUUGAAUAUUAACUUUAAAUUAUAUCAUAUUGAACAAAUUCAUUAAUCUUGCCUUAUUUGUUAUAAUUUCAUAGGUGAAAGUUUCCAGAACUUUU